AUGCAGCCAAAGAAGCGUGCCCCGAUUACCAUCGAUGAUGACCUUGCCAUCGACUUCUCAUCGCUUCCGCAGCGCAAGAAGGAGAGCGAGAAGUCGGCAAAGGAGGCCGUGGCGAACUUGCUGUUAUCCGAUGAGCAGUCGGUGGAUUCCUCGCCGCAUGGCCAAGGCGCGAUCGAAUUGAGGGCCUUUGAUCCCUCCCUCCAGGCGUACGUCCAGCGAGGUGCCGCCGCCGCUCACAGAGGAGGAGGGGCGUUGGCGAGAAGGCGGGGGCUGCUUUUUGAGGGCGCGAAUCGCGCGCCACCGUCGGGAUCGUUUGCGGCCCCCCUCUCCUCCACAGCAGGUGGCGCCGCGGCUGCGGAGGAUCGCCGGGAUGCGGUGCUCGCCAUCUGCCAAGGGAGCGAGCCGCAGCAACAGGAGAGCCCGAUGCAACUGCGGGAACGGCGUUUGACCUAUGAGGCCGCGCUGCGAGAGUUUUGCCAGGCCCCCCCCGCCCAACCCGAGAAAGCGAAUAAAAGCGAUCGAGUAGCUGCUGUCGUUGGGGGUGGGGAGCCCUCGGCGGCGACGGCGCUCUCCCGCUCCCUGCUCGCGGAGUUUUUUGCGAACGGCGUGCCGGAUAUCGAGCCGUGGGAUCGUUGGGCGUUCGAGCUGCCAAGAUACGAUCCGAAGGCGUUGAUCACUACCGCAGCGGCGUCGCCAAGCAUGCAGAGUGGGCAAACGAAAUCCGGCAGCCACGCGGCCGGCGUCGGGGUUAUGGAUCUGGAGCACCACCCGAUCCUGGAGAACUCAUUCUAUACCCUCCACUGCCCGCAACCGCUGUCGGGUACGGCCCCAGUGGAGGUGAAGUACAUGAAAACGAAGGAGGAACUGCGCAAAGAGCGUCGUGAGCGUUUAAAGCGUAGGCAGGAGCAGGAACGCCAAGAACGACUCCGGGGGGAUCCAGACAAAGGCGUUGCCGGCGGCACUGCGCACCAAGAUCAGCUCCGUAGCCGUAGCCUAGCCUUUGGUUUGUUCAACCAUAGCGUUCUAAACCCCAUCGCGACGGAGAAUCAGAUUUAUGAACAAUAUCAACAGCGUUUUGUGGAGCAUCAGCGGCGCAAUCACGAUCGCCACGUCGCUGCUCUGCCGAAUCAAAUUCUCAAACGAGAGCGUGAUGCGAUUCGUCAUGCACAAGAAUCCCCGUCUCUUCGCGCGUAUCGCAUCUACCCCAUCUUCAGCCCCUCCCACCUUGGUAAACUGCGGAACCUCGCCAAUGAUAACCGCCUGCGGGGUAUGGUGGUGUGGAUCGCGAAGUGCGAUGCGUUGGUGGUGCUAUCGGGCGGCGAGGUCGCGAUGCGGCACCUGGAGCGCUGGAUACUGCACAAAAUGAGAUGGGAGCACCAUGAAACGCGCGCAACCCGUCUGUGUGCAAUACCCCUCCCCAAGUAUGAUUUUUUCUCGUUCUGUGAAAGGAAGGGGCACGCGAGGGAGGAAGAAAAGAGGAAACACAUCCGCCACGAGGCUCAAUCACUGGCUGAGGCUUCCCAAGCGAACCAAACAGCAGUGUCAGAAGAGCCAAAAGAAAACGUUUUUAUGAAUUUUUGUGAGACGAUAGCAGAAGGCGAAGCUUUUAUGCGUUCCUUGCCUGCAUCUGGUAGUGCGUGGAAAGAUUUUUCGGCGAUAUGGCGGCUGGCUUUCCUGCGAGAUGGGCUCUCUUAA